ACCGUUACACCCUCCACUACCACCUUACAUUUCGUUACCUCUCCGUUAACUCCCAAACCCACGUAACCCAGUCCUUUCUUUCUUUCUCUCCUUUUCUAUCUAUGCCGUUCCAGUUGAUUCUCGGACAUCUUCGAUUGUUCCCCUGUUUUCUCAAAUGGUCCAUCGCUGUCACGAUGCUUUUCCAUUUCUCGUGGGUCGCAGGAGUAGGAGCAGAGAUAGAGCAAUCAUCAAUUGAAACAGUGGAGAGAGAAGCAUCAAACCCAGAAGCAGAUCUGGCGGAAUCAUCAGACCCAGAAGCAGGGGACAUGGCGUUACAGGGCGAUGGUGGCGAAAGCAGAUCUGUUGGAGGUCGGUUCGAAGGAACCCAGGCUGCUGAAGUUGUACAGUGUGUUCCUCAAGUUCCUGUUGAAGCAUCGUUUGUAGAACCAGAUCCAAAAGCCAGCGGAUGAGACCGCCAACCCUUUCGGUGUCACAACCAGAUCCGAAGAGUCGGUGGCCGCCUCGAACCCUUCUUUUACAGAUGACGUCGCCACCAAGGAUAUCCAUAUCGACUCAUUGACAUCACUGUCUACCCGGAUCUUCCAACCUGAAUCUGCUCUAUCUCCACCGGAGCUACCGGAGCCGAAAUCCAGAUGUAGAUCCUUUCAGUCUGAUAACAACUAUUUGAAUUCGAGGAGAAAUAGUUACCAGCCUCGAAAUUUGGGGUCACGAGAGAAGAAGUGAGGAUGAUGAACAGCAAGGGCUGGGUUGGGUUAGGUAACUUUAGAGUUAACGGAAAGUAAUGAGGGUGUAACAGAGUGUGAAACAGGGGUUGAUGUAUCAGCGUCCACUAACUUAUUGUGCUUCCCCUCAUUUUUUCUUCCAAACCGUAAAAUGAGGUUCUCCAUGUAUAGGCAAAACUCGAUAUUAAGCCCUCAGACUUAUCCCAUAUUAAU